UGGAAUACAAUACAACGCUAAAAUAAUAUUACGCACUCUUUUUCGAUUAUAAAUUUAUCGAGGAAAAUUCAUUGACGCCCGAUAUUUGACGAGGUUUUAGCCAAGAACAGAAAAUGAUCAAAGUUUCGCCAACAACUAUUCCAAUCGCUGUAAAAAUGCGACAAAAGAGAUCAUUUUGAUCUGUCAGUAUCACAAUCUGUCGAUAUAAUCGAUAUAAUCGAUAAAGGGUAUUUCAUUACAAUUUACUUUUUAAAGUUAUGAUCUGUGAACAACUAGUCAUUUUGUUGUUUUGUUUGUCCAUGGAUACAACGUAAUUUAAAGGAGAAUACUUGCCGUUGUACAGAGUUUGCAGUCAAAUAAUUUGUAUACCUUCUUUCCUCUUUCUGUGCCUAUACCUUUGCACUAUGUACCCCGUAAGCUAUUUUUCUAUAGAAAUGCAUCAAAACAUUUAGCAACGCUUUAGCUUCAACAACAAUUCAUCAUAACAUUUCAAUAAAAAAUCAAUUCAAUCUUUUCUUCAUCCAGGAACUCCAUUAUAAGUUAAUUACCCAGGCACAGCUAUGAACACGCAUAAGAAAAAAUUUAAGACGAUACAACUCAAAGCUCAAGAAACGACGCAAUGGUUAAGAGGUAGACUGUGUCCCAUUAGAAAAGAUACAGCAUGGUUUGUCAAACCGUUUUCUGAGCUUCCAGAUGGCUAUGAAAAAACAAAAGAUGUCUUUUUGUAUCCAAACUACAUUUCGAAAGAAGUUCUACCGGUUGCUGAAGGAGACAUUUUGGAAUUUAUACUUGGAGAUAGAGACAAGUCCAGACCAAUGGCGAUUAAAGUACGCGUGUGUCAAUAUUCGCCAAGAUUUCAAAAGGACGUGAUCAAGUACGUGCGGAGAUUGAACAUGGACUUGAACAGCACAAAGUGUAAAACAAUUUUGACCCAAGUUUUGCCUUGCACAUCCAUGUGGAAAUACCUUGGGUCCCCUGUCUUUAAAGAUGGGCCAGGCGAUGAAUCAGUAAACAUGUCGUAUAUUGAAGCAUUAAUAGAACUUAUGCAGUUGCUUCUUCAGCAUGGAAAGGCUUACAAAUCUUUACAAGAAGAGGCAAUGAAGAACAUUACACGUGGAACAGUUUUUCAAGACACCGAAGAUGAGCAUUUGUUGAGCAUUCCUAAAACCAUCCUAUCUUGCAAUUACACUGAAAACGACAAGUUUUACAUGGAAGAGGAAGAGAAAUUUCUUUCUGCAGAAUUAUUGCGUAACAUUUGUCAUGAAGCAAUCCGUAAAGUCCCCACUCUGACUCACUUCCUUCUACCAACAGUGAAUGCCCUAAGUGCUAAAAUACAAAGUAGUUCAACACAAAACUUUUUAUGCACUUUGUUAUCGUUGAAUUGUAGAGGAGAUAACGGCUUUGUUAUGUACGGAUGUGUUUGGUUAGAAUUACCUUUAAUACCAAGUGAAGAAGAACUUCAUGGUAAUUUGAUAGAGAAAGACAAAAAUCUUACACCAGUGAGACUGAACACUCCUUACGACAAUCCUGAGCAGUAUAUGGACACGUAUUUUCGCUUAGUUCGUGCAGAAGCUUUCUCUGCAAUGCAACAUGGUAUUAAAGAUCUAAAAUCGUCCACUCUUGAUCUUCGAGAUAUGAAUGUUUACUAUAAUCUUCAUCUGGCUGGUUUUGAACUUCAAAAUGGUCGGUUCUCUCUGGCAGUUCAUUUUACACCAACUAAAAAGGUGAAAAAAUGGGAAGCUUCCCCCCAACUUAUGUAUGGCAACCUAGUGUGCAUCUCAGUUAACCGGAAGUUUGAUGACCUCAUCUGGGCAACUGUGACCAAUAGGGAUACAGAUCUGCUAAAUCAAAAUCAGAUCAUCGUGAUAGAGCUAAUAGAUGAGAAUCGAAAGAGUAUGAGUGCAAUCUUGAACUCAUUUCAAACACAAGCAGGUUUUGCAAUUAUGGUGGAAUCUCCAACAUAUUAUCAUUCCUUGAGUCCAAUCUUGAAAAGUCUGAAAGAAUUCGACAUGGAGAACUUUCCUCUGCAAAAAGAAAUUGUCUACACGAAAGCCUCAGCAAAACUCCCAGAGUAUUUAAGAGAGGCGACAUUCAAUACAUCCAUAGUUUUCCAUGAGAAUCCCACUGACGAUGACUCGGAAGAAAUCUAUUCAAGUGACUCUUCAGAGAGUAUUGAUGACGAUGACAGAGAUGAACAACAAGCUAGUUCGGAGGAAAAUCUUGGACAUCGCAUGCAAGUCAAGAAUUUCUUAAAAGUUUUCAAGAACAAUAGAAAAACAUCUUUAGAAAAAAGUCAAAGAAGAGCGCUUGUGCAUGCUUUGAAGAACAGAAUUGGCAUUAUUCAAGGUCCACCAGGUUGUGGUAAAACGUUUAUUGGUGUGAAAAUAGUUCAGUUGCUGCUAUCACUGUCUCCAAAAUUGGAAAAACCAAUUUUACUGUUAACGUACAAGAACCACGCUCUUGACGAGUUUCUCAAACACAUGUUAGAGUUUUGUGUCAAAGAUGAUAUGGUCAGGAUUGGAGGUCGAUCGAAAGAGCCUAGAUUAGAAUCUUGUAAAUUAAAAAGUCUUCGGAAAGAAAUUGUUUACGAUAAAGCCACGAACGCUGAGAUAAGGAACACAUCUGUUGAAAUCAAAAACAUUGAAGUGAAAACAAAGCAAAUUGUCAAAGAACUGGAGAGAAGCUCUUUCCUUACGUAUAGCAGUCUCGUUGAAGAGAUGGAAGAAGAGCAACUAAAAUCUUUAAUCGCCAACGCUCCAUGGGGACAAGGUGGAAUAGCUUAUAACAUCUCCUCAAAAAAAAUCGUCGAUAAAAGGUGGAUGGAAUCACAAAUACAAAACGCCGUGAUGCAAUAUGGCUCCAUCAAAGAAUGCAUUCAAAAGGCAUUACGUUCUGGCUUGUCAAAAAAGGAGGUUGUUGGUUAUAAUUGUAUCUAUGCUUUUCAAGCAGUCAUAAGUUUUUGGUUUCCAAAUAGAAUGGAGCUGCAACGUAUGAAAAAGUUUCAGUCUGAAUUUAUAUUACAAAUUGAGGCAGAAGAUACGAGCAGCAAACAAACGAAAAAAUCUGAAGAUCUGACAGAUGGAGAUGACAGCGGUGACGAAGAUUAUGUAAAACAACUAACAGAAAUAAGAAUGGGAGCAAGAGCCCAGCAAAUUGAUCGUAGAAAAGACUUAGUUCUUUUUGAUAUAACAAACACAAAGAAUAGGAACGAUAUAUUGCUUAGUGUUUCAGACUAUCCCUCUAAUAUGGUCGUGAGUUCCCAAAUACGCUCCGUACAAAACAUGUGGACUUUGAACGAGUUCCAGAAACUGCAGUUUCUUUAUGCCAUAAUGAAUGAGAAAACAAAUAGCUUGUCCCAACAACUGAAUGAUUUAAUAGACCAGUUGCAAAAACUGAGAAGUCGAAAAGAGGAGUUGGAAAUGACCGACGAAGUUUUGUACUUGUCAGAAAAGAAGAUCAUUGGUGUAACUAUCACAGGGGCGUCAAUUUAUCACGAUAUACUUUACCAGAUUGGUCCAAGUGUCGUUAUCGUUGAGGAAGCCGCUGAAAUACUCGAGCCUAGUUUGCUGGCUGCGCUCACUCCAUCCAUUCAACAUCUCAUACUUAUCGGGGAUCAUAAGCAACUUAGGCCACAAGUCGACACAUAUGAGCUUUGCAAAACGUUUCAAUUUGAUAUUUCCAUGAUGGAACGAUUGAUAGAAUCUGGUUUCCCAUACAAAUCACUUGCCAAGCAAAACCGAAUGCGUCCCGAGUUUUCAGCAUUGCUCAAAGAUAUUUAUCCUAAUCUUCAAGAUAAUCUUCCUUUGGUGUUACAGAACGAGCCGCUAAAGUGUAUUGAGAAAUCCAUGUUUUUUUGGUCUCACAAUGAUCCUGAGAUUAAAGAUAGAACUUAUAGCAACCCCAAAGAAGCUGAACGAAUCAUAAAACUUAUUAAAUAUUUGUUAUGUAACGGCAUACAGCCGGAACACAUAACGGUGCUUGCAGCAUACUUAGGUCAAACUAAACUACUUCGACAACUAAUCAAAGCUGAAAAUAUAAAAAACAAUCAAUACAACGAACAAGAUCGUGAUAACUUUAUGCAAGUACAAACGAUCGACAUGUACCAAGGCGACGAAAACGAAUACAUUAUAAUCUCGUUGGUUCGUUCUAACGACGAAAACAAGAUUGGGUUCCUGAAAAACAUCAAUCGUCGUUGCGUUGCUCAAUCGAGAGCAAAAUGUGGCAUGUACUUUGUGGGAAAUGCAGAUACACUACGUGGAGCGAAGGAUUCUUGCUGGUCUUCGCUUGUUUCAUCCUUAGAAGACCAAGGAUGUUUAGGGAGUGAAAUACCACUACAGUGUGUAAAACACAGUACUUCCAAGUAUUUUGCAAAGGAUGGCGAUAGCAUCCGUGCAUUGAUUGCAAAGCCAAAGUUACUGUGCCAACAAAGAUGCGGUGAUUACUAUCCUCAUUGUGACCAGCAUCCAUGUAGGUUGUCUUGUUUUCCCAGACACAACCAUUAUGAAUGCCCAGUGUUGGUUGAUGACAAAUUUCCGGGUUGUGGCCAUGAUGUAACGCGAAAAUGCGCAACAAGCAUCACCCAGUUACACUGUCAAACCAUAGAAACAGUUCAGCUUGAUUGUGGUCAUAAUAUUGAGAAGAAAUGCUCACAAAAUAAAAAUGAAUUGAAAUGCAAAGUAAUGGUAACGGCUACAUUUCCCACAUGUGGUCACACGAUCGAGAAAAAAUGCCAUGUAGAUAUUAACCUUAUCAAAUGUCUACAUCCUUGUAAAGAAAUGAAUUCGUGUGGAGUCCAUCGAUGCCAGAAAAAGUGCGGAGAACAUCAUGGACACGAUACAUGUGAUGUAAAAAUUGAUUACGUCUUUCCAGACUGUGGUCAUCCAUCACCAAAGAAAAAAAAAUGUUCCGAACCAAUAACUUGGAAAUGUCGCUACAAGGUACCGUUUACAUGCAAAUAUGGCCACGAAAUCCAGAAGGAAUGUUGUCAAAAUGACCAAGAAGUAAUCUGUCCAGUCAAACCAUGUGGCAGGUUACGUAAAUGUGGUCAUCCUUGUGAAAAUGCUUGCGGAGAAGAUUGCGAGAAGGGAGAAUGUAAGCAUUGCCAACGAGUAUAUCGCAAAAAGAUUGAGGAAUUCCAUGCUGUAGCAAAAAUGCGUGUUAAUGAGCUUGAAGAGAAGAUUAAUAAUGCACACAUUCCUAAGUUUUCAAGAGAUGAGUUACGUGCCAGUGGUUCUACAGCUGCAGAGUAUCAGAAAGUGAAAGAUCAAGUCAUGAAAUUUAUUCAACCUUGUCACAAAUGGUUUCCAAGAAUCACAAAAAUCGAAAAAGUCACAAAUCUUGAACUUGAGAAAAAUUUCGAAACAGCUAAAUCCAAGGCAUUUGGUGACUAUAUUGACACAAAAUUUCAUGGUACCUCAAAAGAAGCUUUGCGAAAUAUUGUUAGAAAAGGCUUCAAAAUGCCUUCAGCUAAACCCAAACCACCAAAUAAACCUGGAAUGUUUGGUCAAGGAAUCUACUUUGCAACAGAUUCUUCGAAAAGUGCCCAAGAUAUCUACACAAAAGGUUCUCAGACGUUGCUCCUGUGUCAGGUCAUUCUUGGAAAGUCAUUGACAGUGAAAGAAGCGGAUUAUACAUUAAACAAGAAAAAACUGAGAUCCCAAAACUGUGACUCCGUGUACGCCCCACGUGGAACAGCUGUGAUGAAUGACGAAUUUGUUAUUUUUGAUCCAGAUCAAGCUCUUCCACAAUACAUCGUUCACUAUUCUAUUAGCAAAGAUGUCCUCCCUCCAUCACCUUCAAUCCAUACCACAGAGUCGUUCAGCAUUAAAAAGAUGCAUCCAAGUAGAGAGGUGAAUUUUCAAGAUCCUUUUGAGAUGUAUUACCAUUUUGCCGAAUCCCACUUUCGACGAAUGUCUGCCAACAGCAGUUUACAGAAUGUAAACAUCACUGCCAUUGAUAUUGUCGUCAAUAAGGAUCUUGAAGAAAAGUUUGAAGCAACAAAGAAGAAAUUUCGUGAUAAAGGUAUUCCAGAUAAAGAAAUUCUCGCAUAUCAUGGAACAGAUAAGAAAAAUAUUGACAGUAUUCUCAAAAAUAAUUUGCAGUUGAAAUUUGCACGAAGGCAAGCCUAUGGUCGUGGAAAUUAUUUCUCUGAGUUUCCUGAAGUCAGUAUUGGUUAUGGCGAUGGGUUAUUGCUAUGUCGAAUUAUUCCUGGAAAGGAAUUCGUAGAUACGAGCUCUGCUAAUAUACCGUCUGAUUUAAAUUCAAAGAAAGUUGUCAUGCAAGGUUUUGGUCCCCGUGGCGCACGUUACGGUGCUUCUGCUAGCUCAAAUACCAGUGGGGAAAUGAUCAUCAUUGAAAAUUCUGAUCAAAUUUUACCUUUCUUUGUCAUCCAUCGUUAAAAUGACAAAAUAUUUUUACCUUGCAGACAUGAUGCAUAGUUUUUCAAGUAACUACUAUGCAAAGAAAAAAUAAUCAAGACACUAUAAAAAUUCAUUUUUAUUACCGAAAAUUUACAAUCCAUUGAUCUAAGAGAACAAGAAUGUAAAUCCUCUGGUAUUGCACAUUUUAUCAGCUUUUUCGUCAUCUUAAACUGACAAUACGUCAUGCUUUACGUCAGCGUAACUUUACGAGUAGCCGAUGAAAGCAUGUAGAAGUUUGUUUCAUUUUUUACAUUUAUCAAACUAGUUUCAAUUGUUUUUUUGAGGCUAGUUUUAGAAUCAUACGUUACUAUAAGCCAAUUUCAAUCCAAAAUUUUUUCACUGUCGUUUAAAAUUCAAACGCACUAUUUGUAAAAAUUUGGGUAAAGCGUUUCUAAAACGGCCAAAUUUCAACCUCCUAGCACAUGGAAGCAGACUUGGAAACUCCGAAGAUUUGAAAAACUAACACUUGGAUGCAAGCAAAAUGGACGAAUUAUCAAGAUGCAUCGUUCAAAAGAAAAACUAUAAUCUUAUAUUAAAGUGUAGUUGUACUUUGUUUUCUAUUUCUUUGUGUAAAGCAUUUGUAAUGUUGAUUUGCGGUCUACAUCAACAAAAUCGUAAAAAUAAGGAGUACCGCAUAACCGCAAGAAUUGUGUAAAGCCACAUCUCAAAGGAUGAUUUCAUGGUUGCCAGUCACCUCAUUUUUCGUACAGGGUUGGCAAACAAUUUUAAAUGCUUAAAAUUUCUUAAGGUACGUUUACACACAACGAUUAAUUGGGCAGACACUUACGUCAUAUUACGUGUUCUUGCCAUAUAUGGAACAUUUGUCGUAAAAGACAAAUCGCUGUGUGUAAACAAUGCAUCCGAUGUAUUUACGUGAUUUCAAAAAAGAAAAAAAAUUUGUCGAAAAACAAUAGCAAAGUGAAAUUAAAAGUUGUCAUUGUAGUUACGAAGGCAAUUUAUAUUACUAUUAUUAACUCAAAAAAUAAGGAAAAAAAAUAAAACAAAUGUAAAGAUUGAUGCGAGUAAAGUGCAAAUCAAGCUAAA